AUGUUCAUGGCUAUUCUGGUUUUCUAUGGAAAUCUUUGCUCUGAUCUAAAUUGCAACUGUUUACAUAGUAACGAGUGGCGUGCGAUAGGAGUGCAGCAAAGCCGUGAAUGGGUUCAUUAUGCGGUUCAUCAGCCCGAGCCACACAUAAUGCUCUUCCGGAGGACUCUUAAUUACCAGCAGCGGCAGGAGAAUCAAGCUCAGAACUUGGUUGCUAAGUGA